GUGACACAAUUGUGAACGCACCCUUUAAUAAUUUUAUUAGUUUUUAGCAUCUUUUUAAAAAACCACAAUAAUUAAUUCUGACUCGUUCAAUUAUUAUUUAUAUGGUUAAUUUUUUUAUCUAUUAAAAUAGCAUUAUUAUUUAUUGUGAUUGUGACAUAACCCCACUUUUUACAAUGUCAUGUGUUAUAAGCAGUCUCAUAAAAAACGCUCUAAAGAGUAAAGUUGUGGUGUUGCAAGUCAGGUUUUACCCCCGAUGGAGCCACCGAAGACCCUUGAAAGUCUACACACCCGAAGAAUACGAAGAAAUGGAGAAAAAACCUCAAGGUGGAAAUGAUGAAUCUUCGAUUUUUGAUAAGUAUGGGGGCCUUAGAACUAGUUGGAACAGGGCGAAAAAUGAAAAAGACACAAAUAAGUCUGUUGAUUACCAAAUCAAGCCUAAGAAAGAAAAAAAACCGCUAAUUGCGACGAAGCAAAAAAGUGAGGUUAAGUCUAGUGUUGAUAUGCUCGAGACUGUUAUAGACAAUGAGGGGAAUUUUAUUUAUACUAAAAUGAAAAACAAUGACCAGCGAGUUAGUUCAAUUUUAGUGGAAGUUAAGUCAAAAAAAGAGAAACAGAAAAAAGAUUUGAUACUGUUGGAGGGCAAACGGCUUAUAAAAGACGCUCUCCAGUCGGGUUGUAGCCUCAAAUACAUUUUAUUCAGCCGCAAAGACGAAAUAGAAUACUUGAGACCAUAUUUGCCUAAAGUGGGGGCCCAGUUGUACAAAAUGCCAUAUAGAGAGAUGCAAAUAUGGUCAGACCUCACUACCAAUCCGGGCGUCAUGGGACUAUUUAAAAUCCCCCCUGUUGAAAAUUUCGAGCCCCCAAACCCCCUCCCAAUCACCGUAAUCUGCGAUAAUAUCCGUGAACCAGGCAAUUUAGGCACGGUUUUACGAAUUUGUGCGGCAGUCGGCUGUGCUAGGGUUAUUUUAACCAAAGGUUGUGUUCACCUCUGGGACACCAAAGUGUUGAGGAGCGCAGUAGGUGCACAUUUUAAGCUCAGAAUUGAGCAGAAAAAGUGGGACGAGAUUGGGGACGGGGUCCAUCCUGAGUCUCACUUUUUUAUCGCCGAUAAUCGGGUUGUAAACGACAGCGAAGACAACGGCGAGGAUUUGGGCGAACUUUUGGGUAAAAUCCCGAUUUUGCCGUAUUUCGGGGUCGAUUUUCGGACGUGCAAACACCUGGUUGUGGUCGUGGGGGGCGAAACGCUCGGCGUUAGUAAAAAUGCGUACGAAUUAGCCCUCAGAAGCAAGGGCGCGAGGCUUAAUAUUCCAUUGAGUAAUGAUGUUGAUAGUUUGAACGUGGGCGCCGCUUUGGGGAUUGUUACUUUCGAAAUAAAGAAACAACUGUUACAAAUAAAUAAAUAAAUUUAUUUAUAAGAAUUUUUUGAGUAUUUGUUUUUGUUAGGUUUACAAACUAGUGGCUCGAGGACGACGUAUGUUUUGCGACGAAUUAAUAAUCGGUUAGAUUCUAAUGAUCUGGAAAUAUCGUUUGGUUGCAGUUUUCUGUAAAUAAAAUUCAAAUAUUUGUGUAAAUAAAUGUAGAAUUGUACCUUUUUUUGAAUUGKAAUCCAGCAUUUCUUGCCCCUACCUCCACAGCUUUACUUUCCAUUCUAAAGUUUUUGAAAUUAUUAUUUUUACUUCCGAUUGGUGGAAUUCGGGAAAAUGGGGUAAAAGUUUCAUCUCGGGUCGCUUUAUUCCAAGACAUUUAACACAAAUAUCUUGCAGACUUCAUUGUUUGAUGGAAACUGUCCUCAUAUCUAUCAAUAGGACGUUUAAAUAAUUUAGUUGUACGACAAA